AUAAACACAUUUAAAGAGUCUCAGUGAAGACAUGUUUUUAUAUUCUUAACCCAUCGGUGCAAUAAAUUAACUGAAAAUCGAUUUAUUCACUGUUUAUGUAUAUGUGUGUGUGUAAAGUUGAAAUGGAACUACACAUGAAAACGGUCCUUUAUUAAUCAUUCAGACUACCAACACAAAAAGACACAAUCAAAACUGUCAAUUGACUUCAUUACCCCUUGAAAAUAACUCAGAAAUAGUCCGAAUAGUUUGGAUGUAUUUUUUCCUUUCUUUCCUUCUUACGGAAAGUUUCUAUUUAUCUCUAAGAAGGGGUGGAAAGAGAUGGAAUCUAUUGGACCCAUCAAAAGCAAACAAUUUUAUAGGCUUGCAACUGCCUUGUUUUUUUUGUUUGUUUGUUUUUUGUCCAAUACUGAAACUAGCACAAUAUUUACUUCUAGUGGAUUUUACAUGCAACGGUCCGUAUACUGCAUGCAAAUAGGUUGCCUAAUUUCUUUUAAUUAUUAGGAUUAGCUUAAAGAAAGGUCUCUCUCAACCAGCAACAGUCACAGGAAACAUGCAAAAUAUACAUAAACCAAUCCAGGCUUCUCAAAAAAUGCUAUGUUGUUUCAUUUUGUUCAAGGUGCAAAAUAUAACUUUAAUAAAAAAUAUGUUUUUUUUUCAUAGUUGUUAAAGCUGUCACCAUGUCGUGAUAGUUUGCUAUGAGACAGAUAAUCUCCUCCACUUCCUCCAUGAGCAACUAUUGCUGUCUAAAAUAAAGCACCGUACCAACCAAAAACAACCAAUCAGAACCAGGAGGAGGGUCUUAGAGCUGUCAAUCAACCUUAUUCCUUCACUGCUAAAAGUGCUAAUGGCAGAGAACCAACUUAUAUUUACAGGAAAACCUCCUGUUGUUGAGAUAGGAUAGUGUUGGACGCUGACAAACAGGGUCAAAUGAAAUAAUAUGAGCUUCCAUGUCUGCUAUGGUUUUUUUGUGCACACAUUUAUGUUUAAUAACCUCACAAGGUAUUUAUAAUGACAUGAGUAAUCAUAUGAGGUAGGUCACCUUAUUUGCUGUCUAUUGAAUUCAACAACGCACUAGAAUCAAUAUGAUCUCAUUUCAGGAACACAUAUGCACCAUGCUGCCUUGCCUGUAGAGCACACUUGUUCUACUCAUAUGAAUGACCGGUUUAUUAAUACAAAAAAUUAGCUAUUGAGACUUUUAUUCAAGCCCUGAUUAAAAAUUCCCCUAUGUUUAAUUAGAAUAUAUUUGCCACACUUGAAAAGCGGUUGUCACUGGCUGAGGCCCAGGAGCUCAACAGGAUUGUUUUAGGUCCAUUGAACCCUGGCGCACAUGAAAAGGAUGACAAGAGCUGUUUGGCAGUGUGUAAAAAUUUGCACCUAUGAAAAAAAUACCUCAGAAUUGUUUUCAGAUAUUCCCAUAAGACCUCAGUUUAUGGUUUUAGAAAUAUUCUGAGAUUUUGCUGUGAAAUGCUGGAGGAAGUUAUUAGAGCUGAAGCAAAAUUUAGCAAAAGUAAAACUCAGAUGUUUACUUUUCAUUUGGUUACCAAAAAACACGUUCAUCUCUUAGCAACAGAUUAACAACAAAACAUAAGAUUUUUUUCUGCUCUUUAAAUACUACUUAACCCUUUAACUGCCGGUACCCCGAUUGACCCAUUGACCUGCAUGUGACAGAAUUUGGGGUGACAGUUAAAGGGUUAACUUAAACUACUACUUAACAAGAAUUGUGCAUUUGGUGAAUUUGGCAGAAAAGUGAUUUUUUUUUUCUUUGUCAUUGGUAGUAAAUGUAAACAAACAUUCAACACAAAAGCAAAAAUCUGAUUUAUACUUUCUGGCAGUUUGUUACCAGAAAAAAGUAAAAUCAGAUGUUUACUUCAUAGCACUUGGUUACCAGAAACACACUCAUCUCUUACCAACAAAUUAACAACAAAUAUUGUAAAAAAAAAAACGUGAAAUUUCUUGGGGUUUUUUGUCAUUAGUGAUAAAUAUAUCAUAAAACAUAUGUACUUGUCUGUACUACGUUUUCCACCAAGUUUGUGUCUCUGUAGUUCUAACUGGAAGCUCUGCCCUCCUCUGUAGGAUCUUAGUGUUUCGGAUCUCUGUAGAUCUCUACAUUUCAGCCCUCAUCAGUGUUCUGUUGCUAUGGUAACUAAUCCUAUGAAAACUGUCAUGUGUGAGUGAGACACUGCGGGGGAGACAGAAUUCUAUUUCUGUUUUGACUCUGACACAAAACAGUGAACAGUUAGAAUUUUGAUUUUAAUUUGGCUCUUUUUCGCUAAUUACAUCGCCAUGGUUUCCUGAAAGGCCAACAGAAGUAUUAGCCCGCAUACGUAGACCCAGCUGUUUUGAUACACAGGGGUGCACGAGCCGCAUUAACGGGUGAUAGAGCAUUUUACUAUGGAACAGACAUGAGGGCAGACGAUCAUCUCUCCUCCGUUUAGGUUUGAGCAGACCAUGGAGAACAGCAGCCUGGCAUGGCAUGGAAAUGAUAACACUUCUCUUCCUAUUGAACUACCAUCAUGCGCCACACUGAGGAGCCAGAUCUCACGGAUUUUCCUGUAUGCCUUCCUCUCAGUUGGCACAGGCUGCACGGUUGUGGGAAACUUCUUGGUUGUCUUGUCUAUUUCCUACUUUAAACAGCUACAGUCUCCAACAAAUUAUUUUGUUCUGUCCCUUGCAGUGGCUGACUGCCUUGUCGGGCUGCUAGUGAUGCCUUUUAGCAUGAUUCGAACUGUGGAGGGAUGUUGGUACUUUGGUUCUCUUUUUUGUAGGCUUCACUCCAGCCUAGAUGUCAUGCUGUGUACUGCCUCUAUAUUCCAUCUCAGCUGCAUUGCCUUUGAUAGGUAUUAUGCAGUCUGCAAUCCCCUGGUUUACUCCCUAAAGAUGUCCAACAGUCAUGUAGCUCUCCUCAUUGCUAUUUGUUGGACUGUUCCUAUGCUCAUUUCAUUUGGCCCCAUAAUGCUAGAUCUUCAUGUUGCUGAUGUUGACAUCUUUAUUCCUUCAGACUUGUGCGUGUUCUUGGUCAGCCGAGUUUAUGCUGUCAUGGCCUCUUUGGUAGCCUUUUACUUGCCUAUGGCUAUUAUGCUUGUGGCAUACUGGAAGAUCUUCAAAGCUGCAAAGCGACAGGCCAAGCAGAUUAGUGCCAUGGAAAGCCAAAUGGCUGCUGGAGUGGGCAAAGACUCAAGCAAGAAAAAAAGACACCGCAGCACUAUGAAGAGGGAAGGAAAGGCCGCAAAAACUUUAGGUAUCAUAAUGGGAGUUUUCCUUAUCUUCUGGAUGCCUUUCUUCACUGUCAACAUUGUGGAUCCGUUCAUUGAGUACACCACCGAAGGGGUUGUUUGGGAUGUUUUUCUCUGGUUGGGAUAUAUAAACUCAUCUUUAAAUCCCUUCCUGUAUGGAUUUUUCAAUCGCUGUUUUCGUAGGGCGUUCCUCAUGUUUCUCAGCUGCAAGGUGUGUCUACCUGGAAUAUCGUCUGGAAUGGAGUUGUCGCAUUCUAAGAAAGAGAAAAACUAAUGUAAAGAGUCAUUGUGAAAUUAAGGUAUCUGUAUAUGUUUUAUAUAGUUAUAAAAACCUCAAGUAAGAGCAAGACUUUUGGGUGAUAAUAUUAAAUUAAACUCCAGUACACUAGCCAGACCCCAGAGACGACAGCAGUCCCAGCCUGGCCACCCCUAUAAAAAAUGUCUAUGACACCACUAGGUAGAUGCUACAUAACCCUUAAAAAUUUUAAAUAAACUUUAAUGAAAGUUCUUCCAUUGAAAACAAUUAGUCUCAAAAACAAACCUUUCAAAGAACAGGCUUCAAAUGUGAACAGUAAAAAGCUUUUGUGUUUCUUUUGGUUUCAGUUGGUCAUGCUUACCAUUGCACAUAUUGAGCAAUGGUAAUGACAGUGAUCACAAUGUCAUAAGCUACAGAUAAUGUUUAUGGUGAACAUUUUUUAUUAUUUUGUCUGAUAUUAAAUGUAAAUGCUUUCAAUAUUGUUCUAUGUUUGUAAAAUGUUUGCGUAUUUUAUCUUUGGUUUAUAGACUAAUGUAAAUGAACAGUGCCAUGUUUUACUAAAUCCAAUUUAAGAUGAUAAAGUUUCUAUUCCGUUCUGUUCUAUUUUAGUUUGCAGCAGUGAGUAUUUUAUGGCACUGGUAUGAUUCUGAAUGAAAAAUACAAUUCAGUUUGUUUUUGGCUAGGAUUAAGAUUUUUCAUAAAAAUUACAUAUUAUUCUGUGAAAACAAACAAUGUAUUGUUGGUUUUGUAGUUCAUAAGCAUGGUGUGCUUAUUUACACCAUGCUGUACCAUUGACCUAUGGAUCAACAGAAAGCUAUGUGAGGGUAUAAACAAGCAUUAACUGGCUUGAAACUUGAUAUUACUAAAUGAUUAAGGUAAACAGAAGACAUAAAACUGAUGUUUGAAGCAUAAACUACAUAUGACUAUGUAACAACAAAUUUUCUUAUAAUGAUAGCCAAGUUAUUAUCUAGAUACGUCAAACAAACCUGUAAA